AUGCAUUGUUUUUCAAAGAAACUUUCCAGGCUAAGAUUGACAGCUGCUACGGCCAUUACGGAGCCUGCCCGCCUCCUGUUCCCCGCCUCCAAAGUGGAGGUGCGGGAGUACGGAGGGAUGGAAGGAAAGCGCUGUGAGGCAGGCUGCAGCUUGUCCCUUAUUCUCAGACUGCCCGCCACCCUACCCCUAUCGACCUUUCCUCGCCCCGAGGUCUCCCCGACCCAGGCUGUUGGUUGCUUUGGCAGAGCAACCGGUGACCCACUUGCCUUUUAUCUCCUGCCCCCCCAAAGAGAAGUCGCCUUUGCUCUUUCCUUGUCUUUCAGCCGUUCUGUAGUCAUUUUAAAUUAUUGUGCUGCAUACAACAUCGGUCUCCUGGAAGCGAAAAUAUUCGAUGGUCCUUCAAGUGAACAAUUUGGAUAUGCAGUGCAACAGUUUGUAAAUACCAAUGGAAACUGGUUGCUUGUUGGAUCACCAUGGAGUGGUUUUCCAGAGAAUAGAAUGGGAGAUAUCUACAAAUGUCCUGUCAACUUACCCAGUACUGUGUGUGAAAAAUUGAAUUUACAAACUGUAACAAGCAUUUCAAAUGUUACUGAGAUAAAAACAAAUAUGAGUCUUGGCUUGACGCUUACACGGAACUUGGGAACUGGAGGGUUUCUGACAUGUGGACCUCUGUGGGCCCAGCAGUGUGGAAAUCAGUAUUAUGCAACUGGCAUCUGUUCUGAUGUUAGUCCCAGUUUCCAGCUCCUCAACAGUUUUUCACCUGCAGUUCAGUCCUGCCCAUCCUUCAUUGAUGUUGUGGUUGUAUGUGAUGAAUCAAACAGCAUUUAUCCCUGGAGUGCAGUAAAAAAUUUUUUGGUCAAAUUUGUGCAAGGUCUGGAUAUAGGUCCUGACAAGACCCAGGUGGGAUUAAUUCAGUAUGGAAAUUAUCCACGAGUUGUCUUCAACAUGAGUACUUUUAAAACAAAAGAAGAAAUGGUUAAAGCAACAUCUCAAACAACCCAACAUGGUGGAGAUCUCACUAAUACUUUCAAAGCAAUUCAAUAUGCCAGAGACUUUGCUUAUUCUGAAGCCUCUGGUGGACGACCCAGUGCUACCAAAGUUAUGGUGGUUGUGACAGAUGGUGAAUCUCAUGAUGGCUCUAUGUUGAAAAAAGUUAUUGAUCAAUGCAAUGAUGACAACAUACUUAGAUUUGGCAUAGCAGUCCUUGGAUACUUAAAUAGAAAUGCACUUGACACAAAAAAUUUGAUAAAAGAAAUCAAAGCAAUUGCUAGUACUCCAACAGAGAGAUAUUUUUUUAAUGUUUCUGAUGAAGAUGCGCUCUUGGAAAAGGCUGGGACAUUGGGCGAGCGUAUUUUCAGCAUUGAAGGUACUGUUCAAGGAGGUGAUAACUUUCAGAUGGAAAUGUCACAAGUUGGUUUCAGUGCAGAUUACUCUCCUGAAAAUGGUGCUCUGACACUGGGUGCAGUUGGGGCAUAUGCCUGGAGUGGAACAAUUGUGCAACAGAUAUCCGAUGGAUAUUCCAUCUAUUCUAGACAAGCAUUUGAAAAAGUUCUGCAAGAUAGAAAUCACAGUUCAUAUUUAGGAUAUUCUGUUGCAGUUAUUUCUACUGGUAAUAGUGUCCAUUUUGUUGCUGGUGCUCCCCGGGCAAAUUAUACUGGCCAAGUAGUGGUGUAUAGUGUUAAUGAUGAUGGUAAUACUACAAUCAUUCAAUCUCACAGAGGUGACCAGAUUGGAUCCUACUUUGGCAGUGUGGUGUGUUCAGUUGAUGUAAAUAGAGAUGAUAUUACAGAUGUGCUUUUGGUGGGUGCACCAAUGUUCAUGAAUGACCUUAAGAAAGAGGAAGGGAAGGUCUACCUAUUCACCAUCACAAAGGGAAUUUUGAAUCAACAUCGAUUCCUUGAAGGUCCUCUGGGUUUGGAAAAUGCUCGGUUUGGCUCAGCAAUUGCUGCUCUUUCAGACAUUAAUUUGGAUGGUUUUAAUGAUGUUAUUGUGGGCUCACCCCUUGAAAAUGAGAACUCUGGAGCUGUUUACAUUUACAAUGGAUAUCAGAGGACUAUACGAACUAAAUACUCUCAGAAAAUUUUAGGGUCAGAUCCUGCCUUUAGAAAUCAUCUCCAGUAUUUUGGAAGAGCAUUAGAUGGCUAUAAAGAUCUGAAUGGAGAUUCAAUAACUGACAUAUCCAUUGGUGCCUUUGGACAAGUGGUUCAACUCUGGUCACAGAGUAUUGCUGAUGUCUCUGUAAAAGCUUUAUUUACCCCUGAUAAGAUCAAUUUGUUGAACAAGAAUGCUGAAAUAACCCUCAGAUUGUGCUUCAGUGCAAAUUUCAGACCUAUUGCACAAAACAACCAAGUGGAUAUUAUCUACAAUGUAACACUUGAUGCUGAUCGUUAUUCUUCUAGAAUAACUUCGAGGGGAUUGUUUAAAGAAAACAAUGAAAGAUACAUUAAGAAAAACAUAGUGGUAUAUCAUGCACCUAUUUGUUCAGUGUACAUCAUCAACAUACAGGAACCUUCUGAUGUUGUCAACGCCUUAAAUGUUCGAGUAGACAUCAGUUUGGCAAAGCCUGGUACAAGUCCUGCUCUGGAAGAGUAUUCUGAGACUUCAAAGGACUUCAGUAUACCUUUUUUAAAAGACUGCGGGGAUGAUGGAGUAUGCAUCUCUGAUCUCGUCCUUGAAGUUCAACAAAAACCAGAUGCUCAAAAACAGCCAUAUAUUGUCAGCAACCAGAACAGAAGGUUAACAUUUGCAGUAAUUCUGAAAAACAAAGGGGAACAUGCCUAUAACACCAGAAUUGUUACUGCUUUUUCAGAAAAUUUGUUUUUUGCCUCAUCUUCUGCACCGGUUGAUGGGACUGAAGUUUCAUGUCAGUUGGAUGCUUCCAAGAAGGUUCUCACCUGUCAUAUUGGCUAUCCUUCUAUCAAGAGUGAUCAGCAGGUGUCUUUUAAUAUAAACUUUGACUUCAAUUUCCAAAAUCUUCGGAACAUGGCACUUGUCAGUUUUCAAGCUUUAAGUGAGAGUCAAGAAGAAAAUGAAGCAGACAAUAGAGUCAACUUUACAAUUCCCUUGCUGUAUGAUGCAGAAAUUCAUUUAACGAGGUCUACCAAUAUCAAUUUUUAUGAAGUCUUUUCUCAUGGCAAUGUGUCCUCCACUGUGAAAAGUUUUGAUGAAAUUGGUCCUGUUUUCAGUUUUUCACUUAAGAUCACAACGGGAAACAUUCCAGUAUCCAUGGCUUUUGUAAACAUCUCCAUUCCUCAAUACACCAAAGAAAAUAAUACAUUGAUGUACUUGACAGGAGUGCAUGUAGCACAGGACAGCGAUAUCAGCUGUACUGCAGAAAUAAAUCCACUAAAAAUAGGAGAAACACCUUAUUCAUUAUCUUUUAAGAAAGAAAACUUCCGAGAUAUUAAAGAAUUGAACUGCAAAACUGCAUCAUGUAGUAAAAUCACCUGCCACCUGAGAGAACUCAGAAUGAAAGAAGAAUACUUUGUGAAUGUAUCUACCAGAAUCUGGAAUGGAACUUUUGCAGCUUCAUCUUUCCAGACAAUUCAGCUGGUAGCAACUGCAAAAGUGGACACAGUUGACUCACAAAUAUAUGCAAUUGAAGAAAACACUAUUAUGAUUCCAGUUACAAUAAUGAAGCCUGAUGAGAAAGCUGAAGUACCAGUAGGAGUUAUCAUUGGAAGUAUAAUUGCUGGCCUUCUCUUGCUGUUAGCCCUAACUACUAUUCUGUGGAAGCUUGGUUUUUUCAAGAGGAAAUAUGAGAAAAUGGCCAAAAAUCCAGAUGAAAUUGAUGAGACUACAGAACUAAAUAGCUGAAUAGCCCAACUGUAGCUGGACAUCCUUUGAAUGACAUGUUUUCAAAUGUCAAAAACUCUUUUUUUUUUAAUUUUGUGGAUGAAAUAACUUUACAAAUUUUAUUUUAAGAGAAGCUGCUGGCCAGUUUGAGAAUAGAGAAUUCUUUGUGUAGAGGGGGGAGGGAGGGUGAGGGGAGAAUUAGUUCUUUGAAAGUUGGGGGUUUUAUAUUAUAUAUAUUAAAAACAAAGUCUUUAAACUGGCUGGGCCAGAGUUUAUAUUGACAGAAUACAUUGUGUUAGAAAUUCUAAGUAUUUUCUAGCCCACAAAUGUUAGUAAAACACAGCCCUAUUUUCAGAAGUUUACUGCAAAAUAGUGUCCUGAAGUCAAUGAAAGCUUGCCUUCAUUGCAAAAGGAAGAUAGAGGAGCUUUUAAUUUCAGGAUGGUUAUUCUGUAUCUUUUCAAUCUGAAUAACCAUGCAAAUGAAAUGAGACUUUACAAUGCAUAGGCAAAGGCCAUGUGAGUAGCAUAGCUGGAGAAUUGUUUAAUCUGGUUAUCAUGGGUACAAUGGAAAUAAUGGUGACUGGAGUUGGAGAUGACCUGGAUUCAAAUCCUUCCUAUGAUGUUCACUACCUGUGUGAUUUUGGUUAAAUCAUUGACCUCCCUAGGCCUUCAUUCCCUAAGCUGUGAAAUAAAGAGGUUGAUUUAGAUGACCUCUGAGAUCUCUUCCAACUGUAGCUUUAUGAUUUUUGUCUAUUAGACAAGAUCCUUUCCUUCAUCCUGGUGACCACUCUCCCCUCUUUGAGUUGCAGAUGUUGUUGCUUUAGGUAACUAUCUAGCUAUUACAGUUAAGAAAUUAGGCCACUGGACAGCUCUCCUAAGCAGCUCCCACCUUUCCAUAUUCUCUUCCACCCUUUCUGAACUAAAAUUUUCUAAAAGCUCCAAGUGUAUUCUAUUUUUUGGUCCUUUUAUCAGGUCCCAUGAUGAAUUGGAAUAUGAGUUGUAAGGAUAUCUUUGAUUUUAUAUGUAUGGUUUGUCAUUCCAAAACCACCUAGGGUCAUCUGAAGCCUUUCCAGUUUAGAGUUAAUUCAUCUAUAAAAAUCCAAGUUAGUUUAUCUAUAAAAUCAAGAUAUUGGACUAAACAUCUUCUGAGGUCACUUUAAAAAACUCUAAAAUGCUUUUCAAUGUAAAGUACAAGCAACAACUAAACCAAGAACUUAAAUUUGGCUUUGAAAUGUAGCUAAAGAAAAUGACUCGGCUCUUUCCUGCCUUUUAAAAAUAAUCCCAACAUCCAAGCCAGCUGAACAGUGAUGAAUAACAACUUGAUAAUAGAUAAGAGAUAAUCAAUUGUCCUGUAUGCUUAUUUAUGUUGCAUUCCAUCAAAUAACUCAAAUAUCCUUAUUUUCAAGUUCUUGUUUUAUAAACAGUGGGAUAUUAAUAGAGCAAUUGAGAUAGAUAUUCCAGAAGUUCAUCCUUAUUGUAGCUGAUCAAAUACUUCCAGCAGACACUGGUUCCCUACAUAAUAAAACAAGCUUUACAUAUAUGUAGCACUUUAAAAUUGACAAAAUGCUUUCCUCAAAAUUGCUCCUGUGAGGUAGAUAGUUUGGGUUUGAAACCUUUUGUAUAGAUGGGGAAAAUUAAGGUUCAGAACAGCUAUGUCAACUAGCUUCUAAGCAUCUGAGCUAUGAUCAAAAGUCAUGACUUAAUGGCUCCAACUCUGAUGCUUUUCCCACCAUAUAUCUUGCUACUUAUCAGAAGAAACUAGCAUUAAAUAAGUGAGGUAUUUUUAAUUUAUAUAUGCAAGCUACUGUAUUUACCAGUCUUUCUGAUGGGUAUAACACAGAUUCUAAUGUGCAAAUCAAUUCUGUUCAAUUGUACAUGAUAAUUCUUGAAUAAGGGCCACCUGAAGCUGUAUACAUUAAGUGUGUAGCAAGCCUUUUCAAGGUCAGACAAUUCAGAGGCAGUAUUCAUUUCUCACCUCUAUAUUUUUCUGUAAGAUAACCUAGGUUACUAACAUAUUGAAAAACUAAACAAAAAUAAAAAAUCGCCAAUCCUUUUAGUCAUGGAGACAACAGAUCUUAGUAUUGUAAUACAAAAGUUAGAAUUAGGUGUAAAUCCCAUCCAUUUUUAAGUGUCAGUAUGUACUAGUCUUAAGCCUUUAGAACUAUAUAUUUAUAGAACAAAAAAAAAUAUCCAUUUUGUAAAUGGAAUGUAAGCUCCAGAGAAUGGAGCUUAUAAAUAAAAUCAGAAAUUGUGGCUGCUUUGCUACAGCCUAACUGUGGAUUCUGUAAUGAUUAUAUAAUCUUUAUGGCAAGAUCUCACAUUAUUGCUUUCUUUGAAAAAGAACUGAAUAUUUAAUUCAGAUCUUUGUAUUACUUUUUAAUUGUAAAGAAAAGGGAAGGAAUUCUGUGAUUUCUCAAACGCUUUAACUGGACAGAUAAUUUUGCUACCCAGAGACUUUAUUUUUUAUAAAAUUAAUGGUUUCAAGGGAAACUUUAAAAAGUUUUGCAUCUAAUGUUGUAAUGCUGUUAAAGAAAUGAAUACUUAGAGAUUGUUAGGACAAAACUAGUUUCUAACACAAAGUAGUUGUCCUUACACUAUUUUUAUCAAAAUGAACAUCUUCUAUUUUCAUAUAUGGGUUUACUCAAUAUAUGUAUGAAAAUCCAACAUAAAUAAAUUAGGAGAUGAUUAUUCACUUUAUAUAUAAUGACUCAUCCUUCAAUUUUUAAAUGCCCCCUGAUUUUAAUUCAUCUUAUAAUGAUUAAAUUUGUACAACUUAUUUAGAAAAAAAAAUGAUCCAAACUAAGGCCUACCUUGUCUAUAUAAUUUUGGGAAUCAUUCAAUAAUGUUUUGAAAUACUGAAUUAGCCAAUUUUAUGUGUACUAUAGAAAGUAAACACUGGGGCAAAAUUAAAAUGAGUAUUGUAAACUUCAAAAAUGAAAAAGGUGUAAUAUAUGAUGUUGAAAAUAAAUUAUCAUUUCAAAUAUACUUCUAUUAUCUUGUUAGAGAUAGGGUAAGAUUAUGCUGAUAAAUUAAUAUUGUACAUAUAUAUUUUAAAUGUAAUAGCAGUAGUAAUUUCUUAAAUCUUUGUGAUAUGAUUUAUUUACUAAUUGUCUAGUUACAGAAAAGUACACACACACACAUAAACAUACAUACAGGUUAUUUUCCAUUUAUUGGAUCAGAAUUUCCUUCCCUCUUCCACCCCUCCAACUUUCUAUAGGCAUACUUUACUAUUGCAAAAACAGGGGAGCAUAAUAUAGAAAAAUGAAUGUUAAUACAAUGUUUGCAUAUAAAGUUGCACAACCAAUAUUCUAUGUUUCCAAGAAACUGAAAUCAUUAGAUUUCAUCACUAGUCAAGAAUUUGUUGUUUCUUUUUGAUGUAAAUAAUAUAUGAAAAUCGGAAUUACUAUCUGUAAAUCAUUGUAGCCAUGAUGCCAGAUUAUAUUGUAUAUGUGUUAUUAAAAAUGUUUUUAAAAUAUGAA